UCAUAAUGUGCAUGCCGAGGUCACGACAGAACUUUGUUGACGAUUUUUUGGUGACGUAGUUUUCACGUUUUCUGUAUUUUCAGCAGGUUUUGGGGCGACAUACUCCUCCAGGCACUGUUUAAGCUGGUGUGAGAAGUCUCAAACUUACCAUGGACAUCCUGAAAGCGGAGAUGGCGCGGAAACGCAAGCAGCUAGAAGACGCCAAGCUGGUGGAUGAAAACAAGAAGUUCUUCAAAAGAGGUGAACUGCAGGCCAAACAAGAAGAAGACUACUACAGACGGAUGAACUUGUAUGAGAAAGACAAGCAAGAUCAAGAGGAGAAAAGCACAGAACCCACACCAGGAACAUCCAAGGUUUCCCCUGAGCAGAAGGAGAAGAAGAUGCUACCUAGAGAGGAGGUGAUUUAUAGACUGCGCGAGAGAGAAGAGCCUGUCAGACUGUUUGGGGAGACAGACUAUGACGCGUACCAGAGGUUAAGACGAAUUGAAAUCUUAGAGCCUGAAGUGAACAAGGGCUUCAGGAAUGACCUGAAGGCUGCCAUGGACAAGGUUGACGAGCAGUACCUGAAGGAGAUGGUGGAGUCCCGCAGCGAGGGCAUGGACGGACCCACCCGCGGGAAGUACGACCUCCGGGUCAGCGACGACGGUACAACUCUGGAAGACAUCAAGGAAAUGGCAGCAACUGUGAGCAAGAUAUCAGAUGACAAGGAGAGGCGUGGCAAUGAGUCGUUGAUGAUUCUCAAGUUUUUGAAGUUCCUGAUGGAUCAGUGGGCAAAGGAGCUGAAUGCUCGUCAGGAGGAGGUGAAGAGAAGUGUUCAGGGGAAGCUCAUGACGGCCACACAUGCACAGACUGGGGAGUACCUCCGACCACUCUUCAACAAGCUCAAGAAGAAGUCAGUCCCAUCUGAUAUCCAGUUUGCCCUACUAGAGAUAGUCUCAAACCUGUUGGAAAGAGAGUAUGUGAGGGCUAAUGAUGCCUAUCUGAGAAUGGCGAUAGGAAACGCACCAUGGCCCAUCGGUGUGACCAUGGUCGGCAUUCACGCACGUACCGGCAGAGAGAAGAUCUUUGCACAGAACGUGGCCCAUGUUCUCAAUGACGAGACACAAAGGAAGUACAUCCAGGCCCUGAAGCGGCUGAUGACCCUGUGCCAGCAGCACUUCCCAGCAGACCCCUCCAAGUGUGUCGAGUACAACUCCAGACCUACCCUCUUGGUGGGGCAGUGAACAGGACAGUACUCAACAUGGGCCUCCCAGUCAGCCCCAUGUUUCAGCUUAGAAAAAGUAUUCUUGGAUGCUACAUGCUGAUUUAUAUUACCAACUACAUGUAGGGUGUACAAUGCAGCAUCAAUGUACUAAGUAUUAAACAUGUAUUGGAGGGACAGCGAAGAGGUCCAGUUAUGAUGAAGAGUUGUUCAUCAAAAUGUCAGUGUAGUCAACCAGAAACUACUGUGUAAUAUAAUAAUUGUAUAUACUUGUUGAUGCAAUACUGUAGAUCCUUUGUUCAUGGUUUUUGUGGUGACCAGCUCUGUUUUGCAUUAGUCCGUUACAUUACAUGUACUACAUUUUUUCCACUGCAAACUCAAAAUACUAUGAACGGCUCCUUUCCCCUCCUACUGCAAAAUACAUGCACAUAUAUAUAUCCAGCCAAACUUAACAGGAGUAUGACACACAUUGAAGCUAUUCAAUCAUGUUGCUAUCAUAAUCUUUAACAAAAAAAGUCCACAAAACACAAUCAUGUUUCCAAUAUUUUCUUCAAAUAGCCAGACAAUAUUUGAGGUCCAUUAUAACAUGACUUUGACUUAUCAUGUUUACAUUUCUUUGUACAUAUUGUAAAAUUACAUCAGUGAUUUACAUUAAUUACAGCUAAUUACAAUGACACAGUUUUGUGAUAUACAUGUGUAUGAAUUGAAAAUAGUUGGUGGUAAGAUAGACAUUAUUAUGUGAUUGUUGCCAUGUCAACAGCAUUAACCAGUAUCAAAUAACACCAGAAUAAAAGGAGUCUUAAAAAAAG